CAGGACGAGGUCAAGCAGUGAGAGGGCAGAACUUUAUGACCCUAGCAGGCCUCUGUCAUCAGAUUCGGAGACUGAGAUGUCACAAGCAAAUGUCAGCAGCCUCACACCACCCUGUCAGGAGAACAACCUGGGUCGUUGGCGGUCGUCUUCAGAAAGAGUCUGUCAUGACAACAGACGUUGGGAGCCACCCUGUUCUGAGAACAGGAGGCGGCCCAUUGACAGAUAUGAACCUACUAGCUGAAGCAGACCCACAGAGAACAGGGGGGUCAGUCCAGGACAUAUGCAACCCUGAAAAAAGGGUGUAUAGCCAAGAUGCCGAGUCAUUUGGUCACCCACGUUUUUUCUCCACAACUGGACCCAUAGAACAAACAAGUUGCCAUCCUAAAAGUCCCCCUUGUGGCUCUUCCACCUAACAUUUUUCAGCAUCUCAUAUUAGAGAAAUAACUAAAGGACAGGAGGGGAUAAACAUUGCCUGAAUAUAGGAGAGAUGGGGUACGGAAAAUGACCAAUACAGACUGUGGACUGUCCCCACCCAGAUUUAAGCAGGAUUAUCCACAUCACUCAGAAUAUGAGGGAACAGGCGCAGACAGAGACCCGCCUUCCAGAAAGAUGACAAAGAGAGAGGACGGAACUGUGAAUGCUGGCAGAAUUACCUAUGACCUAUGUGAGGUCCACCUGGCCAAUGCACAGGAGCUGGAGACUCAUUUGGACAACAAAAACCACUGGGAUACCCAGGAGUACAUUCAUCAGAACAAGAGCUAUGAUGAUCUGACUAUAGCAUUCAUACAGGAGUUCGAUGUGAAGCAGAGACGGGCCUGCCUCGACAGGGCAGACAUCAUGAUUAAAGUGCUGAAGCCAGAGUUUCAACACUUUCUACAGGGUGGCUGCCCCUUUGAAUGACUGUAUUCAAAACCUGAUUCAAAACCUCUUCAGAAGAACACUGGACCAUAAAUGACAUACAGGGAUUGGACAAUGAAACUGAAACACCUCUCAUAUUAGUGUGAGAGGUUUCAUGGCUAAAUUGGACCAGCCUGGUGGCCAAU